GAUCCCAUAUCUCCCCCGCCACGUGGCUAACCUCCUAGCUAAUGACCCCCCGCGAUUGCUUUACCCCACUGAGCCUCUCGUUCGUUCACUCGCUUUCUUCUGCCUCGCCUUUGUUGAUCUUUUCCCCUUCCAGUCUCCCACAUUCCCCUCCCCCGGCCCUCGCCAUCCUCUCCCGCUAACCCCACCCCGUCGCCCCGGCCUCCUCGGUCCAGCGGCGAGCGGGUCCGUCCGGUCCCGACGCCGCACCACAUCACCGCCUGCUCCCACGGCCGUCCUCACUCGACCUCGAUCGGAACCCCCGGAUCGGAGGUACCUUCGCGCGCGGCUCCGCUCCGACCUCGUCCUCCAUCGGUUGGCAUCGGAAGCGGCGGCGGCGGCGGGUUCCCAGCCAGCUUUCGAAAGGGCAAUCAAUCGUCAGGCUUUUUGGGAGCUGUGUUGGGGGGACCGGGGGGAAGAGUGAAGUUACUGCAGAGGCUAACAUUUAGGUUGUCGAGUGAUGGCGCAAGGCGCCAAUUUCCCUGGUUUCAUUGGCGCCGUGGGUGGCCAUGAUGGCGGUGUGAACUUUGGCGGGAACUUCUGUGACAUGGCCUUCUACCAGAAGCUAGGGGAGGGCUCCAACAUGUCGGUUGACAGCCUCAACAGCAUGCAGACCAGCAUGCAUGGCGGAUCCAUCACCAUGUCUGUGGACAACAACAGCAGUGUUGGCUCUAACAGUGACUCCCGCACUGGCAUGCUUGGACAUCCUGGUCUCAAAGGGCCUGUCAUUGUGGGCAGCUACUCGGUUGGGCACAGCAUCUUCCGGCCCGGGCGGGUGUCCCAUGCUUUGAGUGAGGAUGCACUGGCACAUGCUCUGAUGGACAAUAAGUUUCCAACUGAGACACUCAAGGAUUAUGAGGAGUGGACUAUUGAUCUGGGGAAGCUGCACCUUGGGAUGCCCUUUGCACAAGGUGCCUUUGGGAAGCUCUACAGGGGAACAUAUAAUGGGAUGGAUGUUGCUAUUAAGCUUUUGGAGCGACCUGAGGCUGACCCUGAGAAAGCUCAACUGUUAGAGCAGCAGUUUGUCCAAGAAGUUAUGAUGCUUGCAACACUGAGGCACCCGAAUAUUGUCAAGUUCAUUGGUGCAUGCAGGAAGCCAUUGGUUUGGUGUAUUGUGACAGAGUAUGCAAAGGGUGGAUCUCUUAAGAAUUUCUUGAGCAGGAGGCAGAACAGGUCUGUUCCACUGAAGUUGGCAGUCAAGCAGGCAUUGGAUGUUGCACGCGGCAUGGCCUAUGUCCAUGGCCUUGGGUUCAUUCACAGAGAUCUUAAGUCGGACAACCUCCUGAUUUCUGGUGAUAAGUCCAUUAAGAUUGCCGACUUUGGUGUGGCUAGGAUUGAAGUCAAGACUGAGGGGAUGACACCUGAAACUGGAACAUACCGUUGGAUGGCUCCCGAGAUGAUCCAGCACAGGCCAUACAACCAGAAAGUGGACGUCUACAGUUUCGCCAUUGUCCUGUGGGAGUUGGUAACUGGGAAUGUCCCUUUCGCAAACAUGACUGCAGUGCAAGCUGCAUUUGCUGUGGUGAACAAGGGUGUGCGACCAGCCAUACCCCACGACUGCCUCCCUGCCCUUGGGGAGAUCAUGACCAGGUGCUGGGACGCAAACCCUGAGGUCCGUCCCCCAUUCACUGAGAUCGUGAGGAUGCUGGAACAGGUGGAGAUGGAGGUUCUGACCACCGUCCGAAAGGCUCGGUUCCGCUGCUGCAUCGCCCAACCGAUGACGCUGGACUGAGUCAUCCACAAAAUCCAGGAAAAUAACCUGGAGUGCCGUUUACUCCUAUGUAUUUAUAAUAUAUAUUAUUAGAGUUGUGCUUCAGAAGAAGCAGGAAGCUGACUCCUCAGUCUGCCUUCUGUCUUUGACAUGUCACCGUAGAGUACACCAGAGUGGUUGUAAUAGAGGUAGCUUUAUGCUUGACCAAAUACCCUUCGCCGUUGUAAAAGUGCCUGUUCUUGCUGGUCGCUGUUUGCGUGUUUAUCAUCAUGCGGCAACAUGUGGGAGUCUUGAUGCUUCAUGGUAUAUAUAAUAUGUUUUAUUAAGUAACUAGCGUGGAUUUGCUGC